UUGUAUAUUAAUUCCUUUAAAUACUGCGAUAGUUUCACGGGCUAUAAUCAACAUAAAAUAGUGUAUUAAUCUACACAUAUACACCCACUACAUAAUCAAUCAUAGGUAAUAACCCAACGAGUUUUGACGGGAUUUGACGCAUUUUGAUCUCUGAAUUUUAUUUAACAGAAACUGGUUAAUAAUCGAGUAAAUUUUUUUCAAUUACAAAACAAUUUAUAAUUUGCUAUACAAAUAGAUAUAGUUCGAAUUCGAAUUGGACGUCGUGCUGCGUACUACUAUAGAAAAAACAAUAAGAACUCAUCCGAAUAACAACAUAACAAUUUUUAAGAUAUUACAAUCGCGACCGAAGUCGUCAAGAUUGCCUCAGCUGAACAUGAAGAUUUCACGUACCGUCUAUAUAAUUCGAGUUGGUAUGCUGAUUUCUUUACUGCUGAUAAUUGACUCAAUAUCAAGUUCUCAGUACUUAGCUGGAGUGGUAACGAACCGAGAAAAAAAACAAAUAGAAAAUAAUUGGAAGUCAUCAUUGAAUAAAAAACAUAAAGCAACAAACACCUAUGAACCUAUCACUUAUGAUAUGGACAAUUCCCCGUCUAAUAAUAUUCAGUAUCGUAUGGAAGAGCGACAUCCAAACGGAAGUAUUGUCGGAAGUUUUGGUCAACUGCAACCUAAUGGCAAUUUAAGAGUUGUUUCCUAUGUCGCUGAUAAAGAUAGUAUUAAGACAUACGAAAAUGGUGACAGAUUGAAUUUAAAUAAUAAAGAUCAGCACGUAGCACAAGGAUCCAGUAUAGAUUCAGUACAGAGGGUGUCUUCGCAAAUUUUAAGUACUGACGUACAACCACAGCAUUAUGGAAAGUCUCCACUGUUCGAUAAAUACCACAGAUCUACACCAGAUAGUCAAAAUCGCAUUGACAAUGCGCACGCGUACCACCAACAACGAACUAAUAUCGACCCAUCGUCUUUCCGACCGGAGGAUUCUUCUGGUUAUCAAGAAACCAAUCAACCUUUCGUUGGCGACCAUCUCAAAGACAAAUUGCAAACCUCAUACGCUGAGUAUCGAGUACCAACCACUACAACUAGUCCAAGACAAGGAUUACCCAUGACAGUAUUGCCCUAUAACUUACAUCCAACUGCUACUCCCGGCAGUCCAAUGAAUCCUUCUUCCUACUAUGUUCUAAACGUACCACCAUUGCCAGCUUUAGCUGACAAUUCACCUCUACCACUGUUGCCUGGUCAACAACCUCUACCUAUCACUCCAGAUAGAGGACCUAUAAAGAUUCAACUUCAACAACCACAACAAUCGUCCGGCCCGACUCCCCCGACUAAUUAUAAUUAUCAACCCACACAAAUAACCCCGCAACAUCUUAGAUUAACACCUCAACAGCAACAACAGUUCAUCCAACAACAAUAUCAACAACAGCCGGUUAGGAUUCAACCUCCAGCACAUUUACAGCAACUACAGCUACAGUCUGUACGUUCUUCGUCUCCACAACAACAAUCCCAACAGUCAGUCAAAAUAUCGUCACCAACGCCACAGCAGCAACAAUCUAGAUUGGUGACACAGCAAGUAGUGCCACAACAAGUACAAUAUCAGCAUCUACCUAAUACGGUGUACCAACAUCCACCUCAGUUUAUUCAACCACAACAUCAAGUGUUAAGUACACCACAGCUUCAGCAGCAACAACAACAGCACCGAGGACAACAGUCAGUGCCUUUGCAGUAUUUUCACCAACCAAAUCCUGCUACCACAUUAGAACAGUAUAGUCAACAGUUACAACUACAAGCUGCCGAAUCGGAAGCACAUGCAGUGUUUGUAUUGCCUCCUGACGAUUCAAUUUUCGACUUGAUUGAAAAAACUAUUCGCGAUUAGGUUUAAUAUUAAAUUUAAUUGAUAAGAUCAUAACAAAAUAUAUAUACUUAUAUUUUUUAUAUAUUUGAUAUCUAAUUGUGUAUUACAUUACUUGUACUCUUUAUGUUGUGUAUAAACUGUUUAAAGAUUUAUUUAUUUUUAAAUAGACUCAAGGCCGUGUUCAACCACGCCAAGUUAAUUGUGUCUAGGAUUUACACAACUAGAUAUAAAUACACAUUAUCAACAGUG